GCCGUGACACUGUGUGUGGUUUUGGAAAUUUGGCCGCACCUGCACCACCUACCUGCCAAGUGCACCACCACACCUGCCCGCACCCAGCGCGCCUCGGUCACCUGCCGCUCGCUGCCUGCUCCUCGACGACGUCAACGAACACACACCGCGCUCUCUCGCUUUCUCUCGCUUCGCAUUGCUUUACUCUCUCCACCUACUACUCGUGCACGGCCGUCAAAGCCACCGCCACACCAGCCAGCAACCCAGGCCAUCCCGCUGCCCACGCACACAUCGUCCCACUGCUGCCUGCUGCCGGCGCGACCACAACAACACCCCGCCCCGCCCCGCCGCGCGCGCUCACAUCGUCCCACCACACCGUGUCAAGCGCAAUCGCCCGAGCGCGCCGUGCCCCGCCGAGCACACUCGACUUUAUCAGCUGAUCCGAGCACGGCACACUAGUGCUUCUUCCUAGCCCACCGUCGCGUCCACCUCGCUCCCGACAAAACUCGCCGUCCAUUCCGCACCUCUCACCGCCCCCGCACAAUGGAUCUCGUCCUCCACUACGGCGACGAGUACGUCUUCGACGCGGCGUACGCGUACCUCCUCCCCAAGCCUGGCCAGCUCGCGUCGGCCGCCGCUAACGGCACGACGAUUGCCGGCGAGUCGCUCGCCACGGCGUCGCGCCUCGCCCGCGACAACAUCUACCGCCAGUGCGCGUCCCUCUGGGUCAUUGCCGUUGUCGGCGCGUUGAUCGUCUACUUCAUCUUCUGCUCGCUGUCCUACUUUUUCCUGUAUGACCGGCGGCUCGAGCACCACCCCCGCUUCCUCAAGAACCAGAUCCGCCAGGAGAUUAUCAGCUCGCUCGUCGCCGCGCCGACCAUUGGCGUCCUCACCGUCCCCUGGUUCCUCGGAGAGGUCCGCGGCAAGUCGACGCUGUACGAGAACGUUGACGACUAUGGCUGGGCCUACUUUGUCUUCUCGGCUGUCUUGUUCCUCGUCGUGACCGACUUCUUGAUCUACUGGAUCCACCGCAUCGAGCACCACCCGUCAAUCUACAAGUACAUCCACAAGCCUCACCACAAGUGGAUUGUGCCCACGCCCUACGCCGCGCUUGCCUUCCACCCGCUCGACGGCUAUGCCCAGUCGCUCCCCUACCACAUCUUCGUCUUCGUCUUCCCCAUGCACCGCCUGCUCUACCUCGGCAUGUUUGCGUUUGUCCAGUUCUGGACCAUCUUCAUCCACGACGGUGACAUGAUCUCGGGCGGCUGGGCUGAGAAGUUUAUCAACUCGCCUGCGCACCACACGCUCCACCACAUCUACUUCACCUGCAACUACGGCCAGUACUUUACGUGGGCCGACAAGACGUUUGACUCGCACCGCGAGCCCGUCCCCGCGCUCGACCCCCUGAUCGCGUCGCUCAAGAACAUGCAGGCCAAGGGCCUGGUCGACGCGGCUGGCAAGCCGAUCCCGCAGAACAAGAACAAGAAGUCGCAGUGAGGGGUUGAGAGCACGCGCGGGCAGUGGCCGCAGUCAUGCCCCGCCAUACUGUACUUCUAGGGUGGAUCUCUGAAUGGAGCCACGGGGGGAGGGGGCAGACUAGAUGUUUAGAGCAUAAUACGCUAUGCAUGAAGUGGACUU